AUAAUCAUCACGGAGAAACCUGAGAGUCUCCUUCAUAGAAUGUUCCUCACAAUAUCAUCAGGAUAUCCAUUGAACCAUGAGUGUUUCUAGAGUAUCUAAAAAACGUUUUGUUUUGGGCGAAGGACCCCACUGGGACAACAGAAGCCAACGCCUUUAUUUCGUGGACAUUGAUGCAGGGGAAACUUGCCGGCUGAAUCCAUCCACAGGAGAAACCGAGAUUGUUGUUCAUUCUGAGGGUAUUAUUGGUUUUGCUAUCCCUUAUCAAUCUGAUCCGUCUAAUCUCCUUAUUUCUUCGACACAAGAAAUCAAGAAGCUGAAUUUCGAUACUGGUUACACAGAGUUUCUUACUAAAGUUAAUUACAAAAAUCCUAAGUUUCGUUUUAAUGAUGGCAAGUGCGAUGCUAAAGGAAGACUUUGGUCUGGUACAAUGAUAACAGGUGUAGUUGGAACAUUACAUAAAGAAGGACAUCUGUUUAAGAUGGACAACACAUACAAAAUGACACAAGUUGAUGAGGGAAUUUCUCUUUCUAAUGGACUGACAUGGAAUUGCAGUAAUGAUACUAUGUACUACAUAGACUCAGACUGUCGAACAAUAUACGCCUAUGAUUUUAACUUAGAAGAGGGAGUAAUAUCUAACAAAAGAAUAUUAAUUGAUUGCAACAAAGAAAAAGGCUUUGAAAACAUCGCUGGUUUACCAGAUGGUAUGACAAUAGAUACAGAAAAUAAAAUCUGGGUAUGCUUUUCUGGUGGUGGAUGUGUUCUUCGCAUAGAUCCGACAACAAAAACAAUUUUGAGAAGAGUUGAUUUACCAGUUGUAAAGGUUACCUCCUGCUGCUUUGGUGGACCUAACUUGGACAUCUUAUACGUAACAACUGCAGCUCGUACAGAAGAAGUCCGAAAAACCAAUCCAGAAGCAGGAGCAAUAUUUGCUGUUACUGACCAUGGCUGUAGAGGUCUUCAACCUUAUACUUUUAAUUGUUAUCUUUGCCAUUCACGAAGCAUGAGUGUUUCUAGAGUAUCUAAAAAACGUUUCGCUUUGGGCGAAGGACCCCACUGGGACAACAGAAACCAACGCCUUUAUUUUGUGGACAUUGAUGCAGGGGAAACUUGCCGGCUGAAUCCAUCCACAGGAGAAACCGAGAUUGUUGUUCAUUCUGAGGGUAUUAUUAGUUUUGCUAUCCCUUAUCAAUCUGAUCCAUCAAAUCUCCUUAUUUCUUCGACACAAGAAAUCAAGAAGCUGAAUUUCAAUGCUGGUAACACAGAGUUUCUGACCAAAGUUAAUUACAAUGAUCCUAAAUUUCGUAUUAAUGAUGGCAAGUGCGAUGCUAAAGGAAGACUUUGGACUGGUACAAUGAUAACAGGUGUUAUUGGAACAUUACAUAAAGAAGGGCAUCUGUUUAAGAUGGACAACAUAUAUAAAAUGACGCAAGUUGAUGAUGGAAUUUCUAUUUCUAAUGGAUUGGCAUGGACUUCGAAUAACGAUACUAUGUACUACAUAGACUCAGACUGUCGAACAAUAUACGCCUAUGAUUUUAACUUAGAAGAGGGAUUAAUAUCUAACAAAAGAAUAUUAAUUGAUUGCAACAAAGAAAAAGGUUUUGAAAACCUUGGUUUACCAGAUGGUAUGACAAUAGAUACAGAAAAUAAACUCUGGGUAUGCUUCUAUGGAGGUGGAUGUGUUCUUCGCAUAGAUCCAACAACAAAAACAAUUCUGAGAAGAGUUGAUUUACCAGCUAAACAGGUUACCUCUUGCUGUUUUGGUGGACCUAACUUGGACAUCCUAUACGUAACAACUGCAGCUCGUACAGAAGAAGUCCGAAAAUCCUCUCCAGAUGCAGGAGCAAUAUUUGCUGUUACUGACCAUGGCUGUAGAGGUCUUCAACCUUACGCUUUUAAUGCCUGACAUUAGAAUAAAGAUGAAAGCUUGUAUUCUAUACGUAUGCCAACAGAAGAGAAAUAUAUUUAGUCUCAUAAAUUUGUAUUCAUUUUUUUUUAUUGAAGAUGACAGUAUUUGUUGAAAACUAUUUUUCGUAAUUAAAACUGCAUUAUCAUACAUUUCUGUUAAUAAUUCAAAACCUUUUAUUGAAUAAAGGCUUAACUUUACCUUUGUUUAUAUAAGAUAAAGAGUCUUAAAGUGGUA